AUGUCUCAGACCAACUCAGAAAAAAGCGAUGCCAUUACAGCGGCGCCCGUUAGGAGUAGCGGUAGCAUUGACGCAGGAAAGCUCGAGAAUGCCGAAGAUGCUUUUGAGGUUUUCAAACGGGGUGAAGGAACGGUCGAUUUCCGUACAGUCGGCUGGAUCCAUGCCUCGGUCAUUUUCUUGAAAGUCAUUUUCGCCACUGGUGUUCUCACGAUUCCUUCGGCGAUGUACGUGUUGGGUGCGCUGCCAGGUGCCAUCAAUGUCCUGGGCUGGCAGUUUCUCAACACCUAUUGCGCUAUUAUCCAGGGAAAUUUCCGCAAUGCCCAUGCUGGAUGCCAUUCCAUCGCGGACAUGGCGAAUGUAGUUGGCGGCGUCUGGCUGAAGGAAGUCGUUGGAGUCUUGUUCCUCGUCACCUACGCAAUCGUUGGCGCGUCAGGCAUUUUUGGCACAUCAGUUGCCUUCAACGCGCUUUCCAACCACGCCAUCUGCACCAACUAUUUCAUGUUGGUAGCCACCGCUGCUGUCUUCAUUCUCGCAAGUGUUCGUAAGUUCGAGAAAAUUGCAUGGUUGACAUGGGUUGGAUUCUUGUCGGUAUACACAGCCGUGUUUAUUGUGGUCGUUGCCGUCACGCAAGUAGACAGACCCGCCGCCGCCCCGAAGACCGGCGACUUCGAACUCGGCUACCAUGUCAUCGGAAAUCCUACAUUUGUAACCGCAAUCACGAGUGUUGCAACUAUAUUCUGCUCUGGUGCAGGAACUUCGGCGUUUCUCCCAGUCAUCUCAGAAAUGAAAAAGCCCAAGGAUUACAACAAAGCCGUGUACCUUUGCAUGGGUGUCGUCACGGCAUCCUACUUGACUUUCUCGCUUGUCGUCUACCGCUGGUGCGGCCAGUGGGUCGCAUCUCCCUCUCUGGGUAGUGCCGGAGAGGUCGUCAAGAAAGUCUCGUACGGUAUUGGCUUGACCGGCUUGAUGGUCAGCGCUUGCCUCUACAUCCACGUUGCCGCCAAGUAUUUGUUUGUCAGAAUUCUGCGCGACUCUGUCCAUUUGCAGAAGAACUCACUCGUUCACUGGUCUAUCUGGAUCGCCUGCACACUCGGCAUGUCCGUCAUAUCGUUCCUCCUGGCGUCUGGCAUCCCCAUCUUCAACUACCUGCUAGCACUUGCCGGCAGUUUGACCUUCGCCCCCCUGGCACUUGGUCUUCCUGGUUACUUGUGGAUAUUUGACCACCCGCACUACAGACAGGGUAACUGGUGGCAGGCCAUGGUCUAUUGGCUGAACUGGCUCAUGAUUCUCCCGGCCGUUUUCCUGACCAUCGGCGGUACAUAUGGUGUCGUUCAAAACAUCAUUGAUGCUUAUGCCGAUGGCUUGAUUGGAGGUGCCUUUUCGUGUGCAGACAACAGUGGCUCAUCAUGA